AUGGACAAAAUCGACCUGUCCCAGUUCGAUGUAUCCAACUUCGACCCUAAUGCCAUCCUGCGGGGAGCCCAGCUGACUUUGGUCGGUGUCAAUCGGGCUCUCCAGAACCCGGGUCUCUUCACCUCGGACCACUACCGCCAAGCUGCUAUUGCUGUAGCUGCAGGCAUCGCUAUCCGUGUCAUCGUCGCCAUACCCAUCCAAGGUGUAAGAGUGCUACUAUGGAUACUCUCCCUCUUCGUCAACAUGGACCAUACCCACAUGGACGAAAGCGUCGUGAAUGGCCUCCACUUCCUUGAGCACACCGUACUCCAGGUACCCUUCUUCCUCAUGACGAUGAUGCGCUACGUCACUCCUACUUUGGAUCGAAUGUUCAUGGACUCCCUGCGUUGGGUGGACGAGACCUACGUGCAGAAGCACAAGACCGAAGACCCCCACAAUCUGCGCGCCAUGUACUAUCCAAACCUUGAGAAAUACCCCGAGCACGCACCCAGAGUCGACAAAGAGAAGAAGCCAAUCAAACAGGCUGUCAUGAUAUACGCAACGAAACAGGGGAGGAAGGCUGCCAUUUCCUUGGGAGUAUUGGCAUUGUCGUACGUGCCAUACGUGGGACGUUUUGUGCUACCCGCCGCCAGUUUCUAUACAUUCAAAAAGUCGGUGGGAACGCAGCCAGCAGCGGCCAUCUUUGCAGGUUCACUGCUCUUUCCCCGCAGAUAUCUGGUCAGCUUUCUGCAGGCCUACUUCUCGUCACGAACGCUUAUGCGUGAGCUGCUUGAACCUUACUUCACACGCGUUCGAUACAACAAAGAGCAGAAGAAACUAUGGUUCAAAGAUCGAGCUGGUGUGCUCUUCGGUUUUGGCCUGGGCUUCUACGUCUUCGUCAAGAUACCCCUCGUAGGCGUCCUCAUCUACGGCCUCGCUGAAGCGUCGACGGCAUACCUCAUCACCAAGAUCACAGAGCCGCCGCUGCCACCGACCGAAGCUGAGAAGUUCAAGGAAGAGUCAUUGCGCUGGAAGAACAAACACGAGUUCCUCAAUCUGCCAUGGCAGCACAUGGACGAGUACAAUCUCGCAAUGCACAAACCCCAGUUCCAAUCCGAAUUCAGUGUACCCCAAAUCCUCGAUAUGGGUAAAGAAGGUCUCCGCUAUGCAGCGAAAGUGUCACUAGACAAGCCAGCAUCAGAGCAAGAGUGCCUGCACAACCGCUGGCACCCCGAAAACCCCUCGUACGCCACUAUCAAACCCGGCGAAGCCGUCAAGAUCGAGUGUGUAGACUGGACUGGUGGUCAAAUCGGCAACAAUGACUCUGCAGACGAUGUGCGGGAUGUCGACCUUACUAAGAUCCACUAUCUAACCGGACCUUUCGACAUUGAAAACGCAGAGCCGGGUGAUGUCCUCGUUGUUGACAUUCAAGAUGUACAGCCGUUAGAGGACCAGCCCUGGGGGUUUACAGGUGUGUUUGCAAAGGACAAUGGCGGUGGAUUCUUGGAUGAACUCUAUCCUGAGGCGGCAAAGGCCAUCUGGGACUUUGAAGGCAUCUUCUGUAGCUCUCGCCAUAUUCCUGGUGUGAGAUUUGCAGGCCUCAUUCACCCUGGUACGCUGACCUUAUCCUUCUCUCGUUUUCCAGUUCUAGGCUGCGCGCCCUCUGCUGAAGUUCUGGAGACUUGGAACACUCGCGAAGCCGAACUCAUCUCUACACACACCCAUCUGAACCGCGACGUGGCUAAACCGCCUGAGCCUCAGAACGCCCACGCAGGUUCUGCAACAGGCUCUGUAAAAGAGAAGAUUGCCAAAGAAGGCGCGCGCACUAUUCCAGGUCGUCCCGAACACGGGGGUAACUGUGAUAUCAAGAACUUGUCAAGGGGAUCUAAAGUUUUCUUACCGGUGCAUGUCAAGGGUGCAAAGUUUAGUGUGGGAGAUUUACAUUUCAGUCAGGGCGACGGCGAGAUAUCCUUCUGCGGCGCAAUCGAGAUGGCAGGCGUCAUAACAAUCAAGUUCAGCGUCAUGAAAGGCGGCAUGAAGCAACUCGAUAUGAAGAGUCCAAUCUACAUCCCAGGCCCCGUCGAACCGCAGUUUGGUCCUGGAAGGUAUAUUUACUUCGAGGGCUUCAGUGUGGAUGAACAUGGCAAACAGCACUAUCUCGAUGCGACGGUUGCGUAUCGACAGACUUGUCUGAGGGUAAUUGAGUAUUUGAGACGGUUCGGGUACAGCGACUACCAGAUCUAUCUCUUGCUCUCUUGCGCCCCGGUUCAAGGUCACGUAGCUGGUAUAGUCGAUAUCCCCAAUGCGUGUACGACUAUAGGUUUGCCGAUGGACAUCUUCGACUUUGACAUCAGUCCGCAUGUUCCCGCUGAGAAGCGCGAUCUCGGGUCUUGCGCAUUCGCUGGCAAGAAAUAG